AUGAAUUCGAAUUGGUUUUCCCCAUCUCCUACGGACUACACCCUCUCCGCUAACCAAAUGGGUAAAAGAAAAGCUAAAACACAAGAGCUCGAAAAACGGAAGAAAUUGAAACAAGCCCAAGAUGCUCAACUUACAACAAAUUUGUUCAAGCAUGAUUGGGAGAAUGAAGAACAAGAUUAUGAAUUGAGGCCGAGAAAAAUUAAGGAGAACCAUCUUAUUGAAGCGUCAUUGCCCAUCAAGAGGGAAGACGGUAGGAUAGAGAGAGUAUUGCGGGAGGCGGAAGAAGCAGAGGAGGAAGAAGAAGAAGAAGAAGAAGAAGAGGAAGACCGAGAACGAAAGCAAGCUCAAGGGGACACGCAACAAGAGGAACUACAACUAGAACAAGAGCCGCAGGAGGACGAAGAUGCACACCUUUCUCCUAGGGAGAGAUUGAUCAAAACAAAAGAAGAAAUCGCCGAGCUUGGCUCUAAACUUAUUGAAAACCCAGAAGAGAACAUCGCAUGUUUGACUCGAUUACGCAAAAUGAGUGAAUCAAAGAAUUUCAUGACUUCGCAAUUGGCAAUAAUGGCUCUUUUGCCCAUUUUCAAGUCACUAGCACCAUCUUAUAGAAUACGAGCUUUAACUGAUGCUGAAAAGAGAGAAAAAGUGAGUCGAGAUGUGGCCAGAUUACGUCAAUAUGAGCAAACUUUGGUUGUCAAUUACAAAGCAUACCUCGAUUUGCUUUCUACGUAUUCAAAAAUCUCCUACUCCAACUCAGCAAAUAACGAUAAGAUUACCUCUGAUCAAUUGAAGAGGGGUAAUCUAGCGUUGAAAGCAGCCACUGAAUUAUGCACGUCAUCUUUGAGACAUUUUAACUACCGAAAAGAGUUGUUUACUAUAAUGAUCAAAAGGCUCAAUAGAAAGCCAACUUUUGAACAAGAUGUGCCUGUGUUUAUUAAAUCGGUGCAUGCUUUGGAAACUUUACUUAGGGAUGAUGAAGAGCAUGGAGACAUCACGGUGGAUAUUGUAACCAUUUUGACAAAAACAAUCAGAGACAAAAAAUACCGCGUGGAUGAGUCUGUUGUCAAUAUUCUUUUAUCAGCAUCAUUAUUGGCAGACUACUCUCCCAACGAUGACCAAGACAAACCAAGGACUAAAUUGAAAAAGAAGGACCGCGUACAUUUGUCGAAAAAGGAGAGAAAGAAUAGAAAAGAACACAAGGAGAUCGAAGAGGAAAUGCGUCAGGCACAACAAGCAAUCACAGUUGAGCAGCGUGAGAAAUUUCAAGCACAAGUGUUGAAAAUGAUUCUCAUGUGUUAUUUGGAAAUUUUAAAAGCAAGUCAAGAUGAUGAAACACAAGAAGGGCAAAAUGCAUUGCCGUUAAUUGGAAGUGCUUUGAAGGGAUUAUGCAAGAUUGCCCAUUUAAUCAAUGUGGAUUUAGUUGCCGAUGUUUUCUUAACAGUCAGAGGCAUCAUGAUGGAUAUAAUUGAGGAAUUCAACACCAAGAUGUUAGGCGAUUGCAUACAUGCUUUACUAAAUACGGGGAACCGAAGACAACAAACUGUGCUGGAACCCAAGGAGAUUCUGCAGUUGUUGCAAUCAAUGAAGUUGCACACGCCGGAAAUUGCAACCUUGCGAUUGAUUUAUGAGUUUGUUAAUCGUUAUGGUGAUAAAAGAGAGGAUGAAUCAUGGGAAGAUGUGUUGUUGGAUAAUCAUUAUUGCCCCACUGUAAAAGAGUUGAAGAAGCAGAGGAGAUAG